AUGACACUAAUGAGAAACAUGUUCAAUACAAUUAUGAGUGAUUCAACAACAAUGCAAGAACACAUUGAAGAAAUGACGAACUACCUCGUCAAAUUGAACGGUUUAGGUGUAAAAGCUUUCAACGAAGAAGAGAUAAAAACAGCAUUACUUCUCAGCAGUUUACCAGAGAGUUACAGAAACCUUGUUACUUCACUUGAAUCCAGAGACAAUCUGACGUGGUCUAUUGUGACUUCAAAGCUGAUGGACGAAAGCAAACAUCGUUCACAAACAUCAAGUGAAAAUGAUGAGAAAUUAAUGAAAAUUAAAAGCAAGAAAGUUAAAUUCUGUACGUACUGCAAGAAAAAUUUUCAUACUGUUGAUGAAUGCAGAAAGAAAAUGAAAAAUAAAAAAAGUCAAUACAAAGUAGACAUGAUUGACAAAAAAUCCAGUGAAAACACUGAUGAAAUGCUGCUUGCAAUCCAUUCACAAAAACCUGAAUCGUCAAAUGAAGCUGAAUGGAAUAUGGAUUCCGGAGCAACAUCGCAUUUUUCGAAUGAAAAAAGUUUGUUUGAAACACUAAAACCAAUGAAUGAUUUUGUGACUGUAGCAAAUGGUUACAAAGUUAAAGUCUUGGGAAUCGGAACUUGUAGAAUUCAUCUAAAAAAUGAAAAAGGAGAAGUAACGACAGCUUUACUGACGAAUGUACUGUAUGCACCAGAUUUGAAUGAAAACUUCAUCUCCAUCAAAUAUUUAACAAAUCAAAGGAAAUUCAAGGUGAUCUUUGAAGGCGAAAAAUGCAAAAUUUUCCUGAAUGAACGUGAAAUCGCAGUUGGCUACUUGAGCAACGAUUUAUAUUACAUAAAUCAUCAGAAAAUUUCAGCUAUAACUCAUCGUAGCAAUCAAGCUGAUAAAUGCAUUCAAGUAUCCUAG